GUUAUUACGGCAAGCUUUUUUUUCAUAUUUUUGAAUUGAAAAAUAGAACGUACUUUUAAUUGUUUUGACAAUACAAUUCGAAAGUAUUUUACGAGGAGUUUCGUGUGCGUUUUGAAUAUUUUUGUCGCCUCCACGCAUAUCGAAGCACAAAAUAAAAGUACAAGUUUUCAAAUCGUGUAUUCUUGGAAACGAAAUGAAACAAAAUAAUCAGCUUGUUUACAAAUGGUGGCCCGGUGCGUUAGUAGCGUUAGUAUAGUAAGACUACCGAACGAAUAUGUCAGAGAAGAAUAAUAUUGUGGAACCAUGGGAAGCGGAAGCUUACGUAGAAAAUUUAGCGGCAUUUGAUCUCGAGGACCUUGGAACGAAAACAUGGUUCGAGUUUCAUAAGAAACUAAUAUUGUUGAAUCAACAAAGCAUUUUGGAAAUAAGUACCUUGCGUGAAGAAUCGAUAAAAGAAUGGUUCAUCAGUUUCCAGCGGAUACCCAUCCUUAUUUACGAAGCCAUACAAACGGCUGUUUGGAAAGAAAAAGUUUUUCCACUUCUAAUCGAGCUGAAUGGAGAACCAUCCAACACUUUCAUGCUUUACAGUGUUUUCUAUCACGAGUCAAUGGCAGUUUCCUUGCUAGAAAAUGUAUUAUUUCACUCCGACAGCGCCGUGACUCUCGACGAUUCGGUAUUCGAUUUAGUCGAUUAUGCUGUCAGUAACGUCAUCACACUUAUUUUCUCCGAGGCAAAAGAGGCAGGCGAGCAAGCUGACGACGGCAGUUCAUGCCUCGGAGAACUGCUUCGCAAAAAAACGGAAAUGGAAUUUGACAUUGCAAUGAAAUGCAUCUCAAUAUUGCGUUAUCUCGCUGAAUUUUGUGAAAAAUUGCCACUCGGAGUUUUGUCGAGAAUGCUGUCGGUUCAUGACGUUCCUUAUCUUCUGGUUCAGCUCAUUGAAAAGCAUCCCUGGAAAAAAACGGACGACAAAGACAAUCCCAUGAUUUACACCAACGGAAAAUGGCAAAAAAUUCGGUCGAAAGACGAAAACAAGUUAUGCAAAGCGGAAGGUCAAGUCUGGAUAGGCAUCCGAGAACUGCUCCUUAAUCCAACCUCAGGAGCAUAUUACGAAAUGACGGAAUUUAGAAUAUCCCAAUUGAUGAAGUUGCAAAAAUACUUACAAGAGCACGUACUGGACCAAAUAGCACCGUUGAUCGAACUUCGACGAUGGUUGAGUCAUUUAACAAUUUCGCGGCCAACUGCGAGCGCAAAGUCUAAUUUAAUAGUCGAAGUUAUCCCGAAAAUAAGAACUUCGAUACUGGAAAAGUAUCGAAAAAAAUGGAAAAAACUUGCAAAGCAUCAGUCCAAGUGUUUGUACACGAAAAAUACUGAUGAAAUAAUUAAUUUGGCGAAAGUUUUGAGCGGAGCUUACGAUAUGGAUAAAUUAGAAAUUACGGAGGACAAACUCUGCGCGUUCUGCCAGGAGGACGCUUCGAAAAGAUGCUCAAAAUGCAAAGGAGUCUGGUAUUGUGGAAGGGAAUGUCAAGUAAAAGAUUGGACGAACCAUAAAGCAGUUUGCUCGAAAAUAAUUGAAUCGAAAGAAGCUUUCGGCAUUCAAGAUUGAAUGCGAAUAUGUCAUACAGACCACGAAGUAAAAGCGGACUUGGAAGCAAAUGCGAAACGAAUUUUGAGGUGUUUGAUAUUUUAUUAAAAGAAUCUUAGUGUACAGAAUUUCGUUUCAGGUAUUCCAUAAGCACAUCCUUGGCGGGAGUCUCCUCACCAAAGUCCUGUAAUCACACAAAAGCUUGAUCAAGCACUGACCCACUCGAAUGGAUAUUAGAACUUAACGAGUAUUUUUAAUCAGACAGGCAAUGCUCAGCAUGGCUUUUUGUAUUUGGGUUCGACUCAGUAGAGGGAGCCUACAAUUUUCAUCAUACGAUGUAACACGAAUAAACUAGAAUCUUGAAUGAAAA